AUGGCCAGCUUACUCCGACGGCCAGGCAAUCUUGCUCAAUACUCGAGGGGAGCCGCAGACCGCAUUUUCCGCGCAGGAGCGCUUUAUACACGCCUACCACAGUCGAGAUUAUCCAUACUACUUAUAGCGCAACGCAGACGGACGUUUGCUACGCAAAGCCCCGGUGAACCGAAACCUCCGAACGGCAAGGAUGAAUCGAAGCCGACGCCAGGAAAGAACGGGGAAAACAAGAAUGGCGAGAAUAAACCAUCACAAUCGCCUCAUCCCGAGUCAAAGUUGACUCCGGAGGAGUACCAACAGGCCGACCUGUUCGUUCAACAUAUGAAGGACUGGCUACCGGGUUCGCAACAUAAAAUGAUUGACGAUUUUCGAGCAAAGAUGGACAAGAAAGGGAUGUCUGCCGAAGUGCGGGAAUUCGUUGAACAGUAUGUUAUAGCUGGAAAGCCGCCAUCGAUGAUGGACCACAUGAGGAUGACUCGCCACAUUUUGAAGGAGUUGAGUAGUGAGGAGAGAGAGGAGCUGACGUCCAAAUGGAGUGAAGUAAAGAACGAAGGUCAGAAAGAAAAGGGCAAGGAUGACAAGGGCAAGCAACAAGGACAACAAGGAUCGCAGGGUUUCCAGGCCUUCGAGUUCAAAUUCGAUCCUGCAUCGUUCUUGAUCAGCUCGCUCAUAGCUUAUUACGCCUACCGAAGUCUCUUCCCUGGUGAAAACGGCAAGGAAAUUACGUGGCAGGAAUUCAGGAACAAUUUCUUCGACAAGGGUUUGGUGGAGCGCUUGACCGUUCUCAACUCAAACCGAGUUCGGGUUGAGCUGAACCGCGAUGCCGUUUCCCGAAUGUACCCCGAUUCGCCUGCGACUUCUCAGAACUUCCACUACUACUUCAGUAUCGGGUCCGUCGAUAGCUUUGAGCGCAGACUUGACGAGGCACAGAACGAGCUUGGAAUUCCCAGCUCCGAGCGAAUUCCUGUUCAAUAUACCGAAGACGUUCCAUGGGGAGCUACCCUUCUCUCAUUCGGCCCAACGCUUCUCAUGAUUGGUACUUUCUUCUGGCUUUCAAGGCGUGCUGGUGGCGGUGCCGGUGGCCAGAGCGGUAUAUUCGGAAUCGGAAAGAGCAGAGCUAGGCGCUUCAACCACGAGACGGAUAUCAAGAUCAAGUUCUCUGAUGUUGCUGGAAUGGAUGAAGCGAAGGUAGAAAUCAUGGAAUUUGUCAGCUUCCUUAAGAGCCCGGAAAGGUUCCAAAAGCUCGGCGCAAAGAUUCCUCGUGGUGCCAUUCUCUCCGGUCCUCCAGGAACUGGUAAAACACUCCUUGCCAAAGCCACUGCCGGCGAGUCUGGUGUGCCCUUCUUCAGCGUCAGUGGUUCAGAGUUUGUGGAGAUGUUUGUCGGUGUCGGUCCUUCCCGUGUUCGAGAUCUUUUUGCCAACGCCCGCAAAAACACACCGUGUAUCAUCUUCAUUGAUGAAAUCGAUGCCAUUGGUAAAUCCAGAUCGAAGCAGAGCAUGGGUGGUGGAAAUGACGAGCGGGAGAGCACUCUAAAUCAGAUCCUUACCGAGAUGGAUGGUUUCAACACAUCCGAUCAGGUGGUUGUGUUGGCUGGUACUAACAGACCCGAUGUCCUCGACAAGGCACUCAUGCGACCUGGGCGAUUCGACCGACAUAUCACAAUUGACCGUCCCACGAUGGACGGCCGCAAGCAGAUCUUCCGUGUUCACUUGAAGAAGAUUGUUACGAACGAGGAUAUGGAUUACCUGACUGGCAGACUGUCCGCUCUGACUCCCGGAUUCGCUGGUGCUGACAUUGCCAACUGUGUUAACGAGGCUGCUUUGGUUGCUGCCCGUGUGAACGCGGAUAGUGUGACUAUGAAGCACUUCGAGCAGGCUAUUGAGCGUGUUAUUGGCGGCCUGGAGAAGAAGUCCGUCGUGCUCUCGCCCAUUGAGAAGCGCACUGUCGCCUAUCACGAAGCUGGGCAUGCCAUCUGUGGCUGGUAUUUUCAAUGGGCCGACCCGUUGCUCAAGGUUUCCAUCAUUCCCCGUGGCUCAGGAGCUCUUGGUUAUGCCCAAUACCUCCCCGCCACUGGUGACACCUACCUGCUGAACGCCAACCAACUCAUGGAUCGGAUGGCAAUGACUUUGGGGGGUCGUGUCAGCGAAGAGUUGCAUUUCGAAACCGUUACGAGCGGAGCUAGCGAUGACUUUAAAAAGGUCACUCGCAUGGCCACUGCCAUGGUUACCCAGUGGGGUAUGUCAAGCAAAGUAGGAUACGUCAACUACGAACAAGACCAGCAACAAUUUAGCAAGCCAUUCUCCGAGGAAACGGCCAAGAGUAUCGACCUUGAAGUUCGCCGAAUCGUCGACGAAGCAUACAAGAAAUGUCGUGACCUCCUCACCUCAAAGCAGAAGGAAGUCGAGCUCGUGGCAGAGGAGCUCCUGUCCAAGGAGGUGCUUAGCCGCGACGACAUGAUUCGCCUUCUCGGCCCCCGUGAGUGGCCCGAGACCGAACAAUUUGCACAGUACUUUGACAACAGGCACGGCCAGACCAUUGCGCCUCCUGAGCCCGAAACCGGAAAGGAAGCCGAAGGAAAGGACGGAAGAGAUCAGACGCCCAUUCCCCCAUCAUCAUAG